AUGGAAGGCCUUAUGAAUGCCGUGCAUUAUGUGACAUCGGAUCUCAGAACUCCGGGGCAGAUCCGAGUAGAAGGUAUAGGCGCCAAUGCAGCCGCUUACACAAAGGGCUGUACAACUGUGCGAUUGAGAUCCCCCAACGACGAGGCAUUCUCGAUGCAAUUUGAAGUCUACAUCAUACCAACGAUUACGACUAUGACACCAGCAUGCAAGGUCGACUCCUCCGCCUGGGAUCACUUUUCUGGACUCCAGCUUGCCGAUCCAACAUUUGGCACUCCUGCCAAAAUUGAUCUUCUUAUUGGCGCAGAUAUUUGGCCCGCUCUGCACCCGCCUCGUAAAUGUAUUGGCGAUCAGCAACUGGACAAACUACUGCAGAGGUUCUGGCAGGUUGAGGACACUGGUCCUGUCGAUGAACUCUCGGUAGAUCCUUGUGAACGGAAUUUCAUCGGCACUGUACGUCGCACUGCGAGUGGACGCUAUAGUGUACAAAUCCCAUUUCUUCAGAAUGCUCCAGUGUUAGGAGAUUCGUAUCAAGCAGCGCGCCGUCAGUUUUUCCACCUUGAGCGAAAAUUAGCUGGCGACCCUGAACUUAGGAACAAAUACAUCAUGUUUAUGCAAGAGUACAUAGCACUCGGUCACAUGAGUCCAGUGAAGGACGAUUGCGUCGACCGGACUCAAUGCAAUUACAUACCCCAUCAUGCGGUGACAGCCGAUGUCAAGGAAAUGUUUCGACAGGUUGAGAUCAAUCCCUUGCAUCGUAAAUGGCAACGCAUCUUGUGGCGGGAAUCUCCAGUCGCACCACUACGUAGCUUUGAGUUGGCUACAGUAACGUAUGGAAUGACAAACAGUCCAUACAAUGCGAUUCGCUCCUUACGUCAAUGUGCUGUAGAUAACUACAACAUUGUGGAGGACGAAAACCGUGCUUCUACAGCAAGAAAGAGUAUCCUGGAUGGAUUUUACGUCGACGACUAUUUGGAAAGUUUCGACUCUUUGGUGGAAUCUGUUAGUUGUGCUCAUGAUGUCGACGCAAUCCUUCGACAAGGUCAGUUCAUUCUUGGCAAAUGGAAUUCGAACUGCGCCAAGGCACUUGAUGCAAUCACCGAUCCAGAGAAAUCAGGAAGCCAUAUUGUAUUAUACGAUUCCAACGCCACCGUGUUAGGCUUACACUGGAAUCCGUUGAGCGACGAGCUAUUUUUUAAGGUGAGCAUUGCAGACUCACAUACACUACCAACAAAGCGUAGUAUUUUAAGUGACGUUGCAAGGCUGUAUGACCCAAUUGGAAUACUAGCGCCAGUGGUAGUUCUGGCCAAAAUGUUCAUUCAAACACUGUGGAGGAAGGAUCUUAACUGGGACACUCCACUACCUGCAGAAUUACAAGACCAGUGGCUCGAAUUUCGAAAUGGUCUUCGUGAACUAGCGCGCGUCCGUGUACCGCGUUGGUUAAGCAUGUCCCCUCAUGCAUUUUGUACACUUCAUGGAUUUUGUGACGCUAGCUCAAAGGCGUAUCCUGCGGUUAUCUAUGUGAAUAGUGUCACACAAGGAAGUAAUUCUAACAUGGCACUUGUUACUGCAAAAACCAAGGUGGCACCUGUGAAAGAGAUUACUAUACCACGCUUGGAACUUUGUGCUGCCCACCUACUGGUAGUCACUCUACGUCAUGUGCAAAAGGCGCUCCGUUUAGACAACGUCCCUUACACACUCUGGAGUGAUUCAACUAUAGUUUUGCAUUGGAUUCGUAAACAACCGUCAGUUUUGAAACAGUUCGUUGGUAAUCGAAUUGCAUACAUCCAGGCCCACACCAAGGUAGAAUGUUGGCGACACAUUCGCUCCGAGUACAAUCCUUCCGAUUAUGCGAGUCGAGGAAUUACGCCUACAGGCCUUCUGCAUCAUCCGCUAUGGUGGACAGGUCCACCUUGCCGUUAUAUAUGCAUCCAAGACGAUCCAGUUGUGCCCGAACUAACGGAGGAGCAACUCCAGGCACAGACUCUGGAAUGCCAACCUUUUCGUACUCUUGUAACCAUUCGGCAGGAUCAUCAUGAAUUGCUUACGACUUCUGCGUAUGGUCAGAGAAUUCCCCUCGUUGAGAGGUUCAGCAUACUUAGUCGUGUCCUCAAUACAACAGUGCUACUAAGACGUUUUCUUCCGUGCUACAAGGGUCAGAGGUCGAAUAUUGUGACAGCAGAAGAGUACGAAUGGGCUCUGCUUGUAACUGUUAAACAAGCUUAA